AUGCCAGAGGCCUACAGGAAAGCUCUCGGUAUCAGCAAUGAGUCUACCCCAACCCCCGGAACACCUCAUGGUGCACACGCUGGCCACGAGCAACAGCGCGAUUACCGAGACCACCGAGAGUCCCGUCAUUCCCACGGCGGACACGAUUCGCACUCCCAUUCCUUCUUUGUACCCGCCAGCAACGAUCCCGAGUACUCGACUCCCGAGGAGGCCGAGGCUGCCUUUAUCAAGAUGCUGCGACGCUGCGGCGUACAGCCCGACUGGACCUGGGAACAGACCGUUCGUACAACCGUCAAGGAUCCUCAGCAUCGCGCCAUCAAGGAUGCGCGAGAGAGAAAGGCUGUUUUUGAAAAAUUUAGUCAAGAUAUGAUCACGCAGGACAAGGAGCGUGCGAAAGAGAGACUGACAAAGCUCCGCGCCGAUUUUGAAACCAUGCUCAAGCGCCACCCCGAAAUCAAGCACUAUACUCGCUGGAAGACGGCACGGCCAAUGAUUGAGGGCGAGACUUUGUUCCGCACCACCGACAACGAGAACGAACGCCGACAGUUGUUCCAAGAGUAUGUGCAGGGUCUCAAGCGUGCGCACCUCGAGCGUCAAACCACUAUGCGCAAAGAUGCCAUGUCUGGCCUGAUAGACCUGCUCUCGAAGCUCAAUCUCGAGCCCUAUACACGGUGGGCUGAAGCCCAGGAUGUCAUCUCGGCCACCCCUCCGUUCCAGAACGAGGAAAAAUACCAAACUCUCAGCAAGUUUGACAUCUUGACCGCGUUUCAAACCCACAUGAAGGCCCUCGAGCGUGCCUUUAAUGACUCGAAACAAGAGCAGAAAAAUCGAAAAUACCGAAAAGAACGCCAGAACCGUGAUGCCUUCAACGCGUUACUUUCCGAGCUUCGUCGCGCCGGCAAGAUUAAUGCGGGCACCAAGUGGUCCCAGAUCCACCCCUGA